UAGCUUGUGUUGCGGUCACAUUUUUCGUUUUUGUUUUAAAUUAACGUAAAUUUUGCAGUUUUGAUCAAUUGCAGACUAUUGUACAAUUCUUAAGUUCUAAAUAAUCUGCGUCACAAUGGAGCCCAUGACUUUAGGCAGUCCUGUAAGCAGUCCUGGCAACAAUCAAAGCCAAUAUUUGCCGCCUUUUCUCAUGGGCGAUCCUCAGGCAAUGACAUCACAUAAUAAUACGCUGUCGCCCAAGCCGGGGCGCUAUAAUGUUAGCUUUGCUACCUCACCCAACAACAACCACACUAAUACGCCUCAAGAGGCAAGCUAUAGAGAUGCGCAGCAGCAACAGCAAAGCCAGAUGAAUCGCUCAGCGUUGGGCACACGCACACUCUUUGCAACGGGUGGCGGCGGCGGCAACGGCGGCAGUGGUGCAGCCAAUACAAGCCAUCAAGCAGGACCUCCCACGCAAGGAUUAUUUGAAUCUCUGCGUAAUGAGCAACACUGUGUAACGCCACAACGCCAAACGCCUCUCAAUUUGCUGCAGCUGAACAAUUCCAAUUAUAGUCUCAAUCAAAGCGUACAGCCUGUCAAUGACUCCUUUGGGCCCCAUGCCUCGUUCGCACCCAAUGCCUCGUUUGCACCCAAUGCUUCCAUGCGUGGACUCUGCUCGCCCAGGUCACCAGUUCCACCAGCUGCGCGUGGCAGCGACUUCUGGGUCACCGUCUUUGGCUUUGCUCCCGGCGCCAGUUCCAUGAUCUUGCAGCAUUUCACAAUGUGUGGCAGCAUUGUGGAUGUGUUACAUGCUCCACAGAAUGGCAACUGGAUGCAUGUGCGCUUUGCCUCGCGCAUCGAGAGUGACAAGGCUUUGAACUACAACCUCAAGAUUAUUGCGGGUAAUGUCAUGGUAGGCGUCACACGCUGCACCGAUGAAGCCAUUCUGGAUAAGGAGAAUGUCAAGCAAAACCAAGAGGUACCCGAGUCUAUAUCGAUGUCCAAGGUGCGUGGCAUGUCUCAGAAAUCGUAUAAUAUGGCGCAACAGGGGGCGCAUGUCGCGCCCGCCAGCAAUGUGCCUCAGAAGAGCACGGGUCUGGUGAACAAGGCCAUGGAUUUGUUUUUUGGCUGGUGAGAGGGGAUCAGCUUAAAAUUAAG